CGAUCGGCAGCCCACGCCCACCAGGUACUAAGGGAGGGAGCUAUGGCCGUCGUUGGCGGCGCCAUGACCUCACCACUCCGCCCAGGGGGGAAGCUUGUAAACUUUGCCGGCGGGGGGCUCGGCUCGGUACCAGGUAGCUAAUGUGAGCACAGGCCGGUCUCUCGAGGACGAGAGUUCCAUCGCCAUCGGCGAGGAGGGGGGAGCAGACCCAAUCUCGCAAUUUACGGAGUACGCAAUUGCAUGUUACACCUAGCGUUUGCCGUCUGCUGCUGGGCUUUGGUUCGACGGGUCUUCCUGCGCCUGUUUGUGUUUGUCUUGGUCUUCCCCAUCACCCGCUUGGCAUUCCAGCACCGCCUUCGCUUGCUCUUCUUGGCGAUCACCCUCUCUUCCCUCCUCACACCAUCAUCCUCUCGUGCUGGUCUUUUGCUUGUGUCGGCAAACGAGGACGCCCGCAGACACCACACACCAGUUUGGUUACCCGUCCGGCGCGUCUUUCGGCUUCACGCGCGCGCACGCACGCACACGAGCGAGUAUCUCAACUCCGUCGUGCCAUUGAAGGUCCGAUUCUGCGUGCGCAUUGGUCAUCGACUCUCCUGUAGCAACCGAACCGUUCUCGCGAGACACCGUCGUCGCCGCCACCAUGGGCGAGGCCGACGACUACACGAGCGGCGGGGGGCAGCAGCUGCGAGGUGGCCCCCCGUACGGGCUGCAGUAUGGCCAGCAGUACGGUCAACAACAGCAGUGGCAGCAGCCGCAGCAGGACUACUACAACAAUAAUAACACGGGCAGCAACCAAGGCUGGAACAACCAGGGCUACGACCAGCAGCAGCCGCAGCAGCAGCCGCAGCAGGGCUACGGCGCGCCGCCUCCCUACAGCUUCAACCCGCCUCAGGCCAACGACGAAAAAUACGGCUUCGAUCAGGCCUUCAAGGUCGAGAAGCCCAAGUACAAUGACUGGUGGGCUGGCUUACUGUUUCUCGCCGCCUUUGCCGGCUUCGUCGUCGUCUCAGGCAUCGCCAUCCACGGCUACGUGACGGGCCGUCCCGGGUCGGGCAUCUACCAAAGCAACAACAAUGGCUUCUCGCUCAAUAGCAAUACCAUCAUCCUCUUUGCCUUUGUCCUCGUCGUCGCGUUCGUCCUCUCAUGGGGCUACGUGUGGCUCGCGCGCGCGUUUCCGAAACAGUUUAUCUGGGUUACGGGCAUCCUCAACAUCUGCUGGGCCCUGGGCACCGCCAUUUUCUACCUGUACAAGAAGUACUGGUCCGCCGGUAUCGUCUUUCUCGUCUUCGCCUUGUUCACAAUCUUCGCGUUUUGGACGUGGAUUCCGCGGAUUCCCUUCUCCGCUCUCAUGCUCAAGACCGCCAUCAACGUCAGCAAGAAAUACGGCCACGUCUACCUUGUCAGCUUGAUUGGCGGCCUCAUCGCGACCGCCUUUGCGGCCUGGUUCUCCGUCACCAUGGUUGCGAUAUACGUCAAGUACGAGCCGUCGCCGCAAAACCCCAACUGCGGCGCCGACGGGAGCGGGUGCAGCAAGGCGACGCUGAUAGGUCUCAUGGUCUUCAUCACAUUUGCCAUGUACUGGAUAUCCGAAUGGCUCAAGAAUACCAUCCACACGACUAUCUCGGGUGUCUACGGCUCUUGGUACUUUUGCGUGCACAACUUCCCCAAGGGCGCGACUCGUGGCGCGGCCCGGCGCGCCCUGACCUAUAGCUUCGGCUCCAUCAGCUUGGGCAGCUUGCUCGUCGCCAUUGUCCAGUUCUUGCGUCAGGUCUGCUCCGUUGCUAGGGACCAGGUUGGCGGCGGUGGCGGCAUUGGCGACAUGAUUGGAUAUGUCAUCUUCUGCGUCAUCAACUGCCUGCUCAGCCUGCUGGAGUGGGCUCUUCAGUUCUUGAACCGGUAUGCGUUCUGCCACAUUGCGCUGUACGGCAAGCCGUACUUUCAAGCCGCCAAGGAUACGUGGAACAUGAUCAAGGACCGCGGUAUCGACGCACUUGUCAACGAAUGCCUCAUCGGUCCGGUUCUCUCGUUUGGCGCCAUGUUUAUUGGGUUCGCGUGUGCCCUCAUGGCCUACCUGUACCUCAUCUUCACCAAGCCUGCAUACAACACGGACGGCGGUUUCACGGCUGUGGUCGUGGCCUUUUCGUAUCUCAUUGGCUUCCAGAUCGCGCACGUCUUCACGACGCCCCUGUCGAGCGGCAUCGACGCCAUCUUCGUCGCGUCAGGCUGGGAUCCUCAAGUCAUGAUCAACGACCACCCAGAGCUGUACCAGGAGAUGGUGCGCGUGUUCCCCAAGGUCCAGCAGGCUAUCCAGGUGCGCUGAGGCGCCGCGAGGAGUGUGAGGUUGCGAUGAGCUGGAAGGAAACACGGCCACUGUCAGGACUAUGAUGGAGAAUGAUUGAUACCAUGGGAGGAGCUUGCGAGAAUGCGAGGGUCAAGCAUGUCGAGCAGCGGGGAUACAACAGUAUGAGUUGUUGGGCAAUACCCUCGAUUAGUUUUAUAGUCUCUUUCUCUCUUUCCAACACUUAAUCUACCCAUUCAAUGAUUAACCAUUCCAC